AUGAUGAAAACAUAUUUGUAUUUAAUAUCAUUUAUUCUAUUCUAUUAUUACGGUGAAUGUGCACAGCCAUAUUUUCCGCCUCAAAUUCUAUUUUUUGCUGAGAAUACAUUAUAUGCAAUUGAUGAAAUUAAUCAACGAGCUUAUAAAUCAGCUUCUUCCAGUGUAAAACAAUCAGAAACGGGUUAUGCUCUCAAACAUUUCCCUUUUGCAAUUCCUGGUUCACCACAAUCAAAAUAUUAUGUUCAAUUAUUAGAAGGUUUUCCCAAUAUUGGUUGUAUUUAUGGAACAUAUUGGAAAUAUGGUGGAAGUACAUUUAAUGCAUUUCCUUCACAUUGGAGUAAUGGAACUUCAUUUGAAAUAAAAAAUUUUAUGGACUUUAAAUAUGAAAUGAUACGUUCGAACGCUUCUUCUGUAUACGAAGAUUAUUGGUAUUCAAAUGUAACAUGUCACCCUGAGGGUCCAAAAAGUGUUCCAUGUGAAGAAAUUUAUUUUCGAAAAAACACAGAUAUUCCUGUUCGAUCAACUCAAGUUAUUAGUACUCCAUGGGAAGUUCGACAAUUUACAACAACUUAUUUAGUAAUAUCAGUAGGAAAACCAGAUGACAAAUACUUUGACUCAAUUCCAAAAGAUUGGGCUCGUACUUGUCAAGAUGUUAUGUUGGGAGUUUCAUAUAAUCCACAAUCUACAAAAAUAGAUUUAAAUAAAAGUGCAAAAGUUCAAAUUUGGCUUCCUACACCUCCACAUCGAAUUGAUGGAAAUGAUACUGUCCAUAUUCAAUGGAAAGCAGAUGAAUGCACUGAUUGUUUUACAUGGACACCAAAUCAACUUUCUUUUAACAGUGAAAAUUUUCAAGUACGACAAACAUUAACAAUAACUCAUGUUAAAAAUGGACCACAGACACAUCUUAUUCCAAUUCUUAAUGGUGGAGGUUUCGAUGAUGUUCCAGUUAAGAAUUAUACCAUUUUUCUUGAAUAA